GUCAUCUUUGACGAGCAUUACAUCAAAGUUGGACCGGAGAACCCGACGCAGCGGCAAAAGGAUGAGAAAGUGCUGAAGGAUGGCUAUGCUACAUACCUUCCGCCGGAUUGUGCAAACUACGACGACUGGAACGAGCUCUUCCAGGAUCCCAAGCGGCUUCAAGCAGCUCUGCCGAAUCUCUUCAAUCAGCCCAAACAUCUUCGGUACGAGGCGCUGAAGAAGGUGGACUGGGCAAGUGCCCUGUACUCGAUGAAUGUGAAGACGCACAGAGAGAUUCACUCGUGGUGGGGAGUCUUUGCAGCUACUCACCGCUUGUGGUUCCUGCAUGUCUUGCUAUAUGCCUUGUCGAUGUGGUGGGUUUCUUCGCGGAGCUUCCACGACCCUGGCUCAG